AAAAUAAUAAAUUAAAAUAAAUUAUUUAAGUAUAUAUAAUAUAUUUAUUUUACUUUUUUAUAUGCAUUUAUUUUGGCACUAACAAUUAUUAAACUAAUGUUUUAUUAGUAAAAAUAAGUGAAUAGUAUUAUAUUGUGAAUAGAUGUGCGUAAAAAGUGUUUGACGUUGUGAACAGUAGCACACCAAAUAUAGUGUGGUAUUGUAAAUUUACACUAAAAUGGUGUGAUUUUUGCAGUUAGGUUAGAGAGAUUUUAGUGUAAAAACUACACUAAAAUAAUGUUAUGCAGUUAGGUUAGAGAUGACCUAAAGAAGUAGCAAAUGUCUUAUACGAUGAGGAUGAUAAUGCUAAAGAUGACCUAUUUGAAAUAGGAGAGACAUGAAUGAUAGAUUUUAUACCAUUGACUGUGUCCAUUACAGUGUAUCUCUCAUGCAGAGCCGGCCCUCGGACCAAAUAAAAAAAAUCCAUGCUUCUAACUUUUAUUUAACGAAGUUAAUUAAGCCAACAUUCUAAGUUUUCUUUGUAUAGUGGUUGAGUCUACCAAAAAUAAACCCCAUCGCACUCCACUCUUUUAGCAACAAUUUUUUUUCCUCCUAAAAGUGGCACAUUAUCAUUUUUGCUUCUAGUUAUAAAUUUACAGGACCGGCUCUGCUUUCAUAGUGGUGUGACUGAGCAGAAGCUCGAGGCUGAAAAUUCCGAAGGCAAUAUUGGUGAUAACGAAACUCUAUAUACGAGGCUUCAAGCAGUAGAAGCUGACAAGGAAUCGAUGAAACACACGCUUCUUUCUAUGAGGACCGAGAAAGCCCAAAUGAUACUGUUGGAAAGAAACUGCUCAGCAUUUGUCAAAGGAGGUAAGUUGUCCCUCAUCGAGGUUGCCUCUACGUAAAGCAUCCACUACUGGGCCAUAGACUUUCACGUCAUGCCAGUCUUUAAGGUGAAUCUUUAUCCCAAUUCUUGGGUUGUCAUAUUUUCUUUAUUAACAAAAAACAUAGUGAUAAGAAACAUCUUCUUCUAAAACUUUUUCUUUUAAUUAUUAUUCCUAUGCAGUGGAUCACAUCUUUUGUUACCUGAAGAAGAAAUUAAAGGCUCGUCGAAGCAAGUGCAUGUAUGGGAUGUCAGCAAACAACAUGGGCCUGCAAAUGAUUCUAGAAAAAGGUCCCUCGAUCACGGCAAUGGAGAUGUCUCAGGAGCAAGCAAGUGUGAAACAUAACAUAUCCAAUCCAUUCAUCAAACAAAAUCAUUCUCCUGGCUCUAGAAUUCCAAGGACAUAUAUAUCAAAUACUAAUGGAUUAGAUUUCGAGAUGUGUUACUGAGAGGUUCAGCUCAAUCACACGUUUCGUCUAGCGAGCGAGUUUCCGAACAAUCAUAGUUGCAGUGUCGUGCCACAGUGUUGAAAAAAGAAACCUUCCCUUAUGGCAGCAAAAAAUAAAUAAAGAUCCAAGGGCAUCAUCUGUUAACUAUUACCAUUCAUAAUAUAACCAUUAGAAUUGGAGUAUAUACAACGAAAGCAAGAUAAUAAUUUUGAUUAAAAACAUGAGCCUAUAAUUAACGAAUACAUGAGUUUCCUAAGUAAGAAACAAUGUAAACAACGGUUAAAUAACUAAAAUAAUUAGAUAUUAGUGAUUAUAGGUCUGAAUCCAUUUUUGAAAUAUUAAAGAUAAAGUUAGUCAAAUUUUAUCUUUGUUUGAUUAUAGCAUAAAACAUUGAGUAAUUUAAUUAUUUUAUCUUAAAGUUAACUAGAAUAUUUAAUGAUGAAUACUUGAUUAAUAUUUUUAAUAAAUAUAAAAAAAAUUUGUUGUAUAAUUACAAUUUUUUUAUUAGUUUAAUUAUUUAUAUGUUCUUCUCUAUUAAAAUAAUUAUUUUUAUUGUUGAGAUUUUUAUGAUUGGUUUAGGGCAACUAUAAAUGCUCGCACGACUCUGUAGUAGGUUAGUGUAUUUGCAAAAAAUGUUACAUACUGUAGCAAUAGCCUAAAUAAAUAAAACUAGGAAAGAGCAUAUAGAAAAGAUGUAACUAAUUCAAACUAUAACAUCCAUGAUUGCAUUGAAAACUAAUGCACGUGUAUGUGUUUGAUAGUGAAUAUUCUUGUUUGUGGAAUUCAAAGUUCGACAAAGUCUGUCCUCAAGUAAACGCAGCCGCCACCUCUUACCCUCCACCUCCAACACAUCAUUAUGGAUAUUUAUAUACACACAAUGCUAAUACAAAACCAUACGUUAAUUUUUCAAAUGGAUCAUGAAGAUGAGGAGAUAGAGAUCCCUAAUUACUUCAUCUGCCCAAUUUCACUAGACAUUAUGAAAGAUCCAGUCAUCGCCGUUUCUGGCAUCACUUACGACCGUGAAAGCAUAGAUAAAUGGCUUGAGAAGGUCUCUUCUUGUCCCGUGACGAAGCAGCCUCUUCCUUCUGACUCCGACCUUACGCCUAACCAUACGCUUCGCCGUCUUAUCCAACAUUGGUGUGUCGAGAAUGCGACGCUUGGUGUUGUUAGAAUCCCUACGCCUAGAGUUCCUCCGGGGAAGCCUAACGUUGUCGAGGAGAUCAAGAAUCUCAAAAAGUUUGGAGACGAAGCUUUGGGAAGAGAAGAUACCUUGAAGAAGCUUGAACUUUUGGCUAUAGAUGGAGAGACAAAUAGGAGACUGAUGCAUGAAGGAGGCGUACAUAGGUCACUGAUCUUGUUCAUAGUUAAGUGUACUCGUGAAGAAGAGGAGGAAGGACAACGUCGCAUCAAAGAGCAGCUAGAUGAGUCUCUACGUCUUCUUCACUUGAUCGGUGUUCCAUUAAACGACGCAAGAACAAUCUUGAUGGAAAACGACAGGAUCUUGGACUCAUUGAGUUUGGUCCUAAACCAACAAAACUUCCUCAACAAAGCUUACAUAAUCGUGCUCUUGAGGAAUCUAACUGAAAACACUUCCUCUCAUAUCGUGGAGAGAUUGAAUGAAGAGAUUUUAAAAGGGAUCAUAGGUUUCCUCAAGGAAGUAGUAAGUAGUUUCAACCGAGCUAGCCCUAACGUGAGUGACACGGCACAGUCAUCAAACCCUAGAGUGAGAAACAAGGUACAUUCAAAACUUGAUUAUACCUUAGUUAUUAAACAAGCUGUGACCGCCGCGCUGAUGAUUCUUCUAGAGACCUCUUCGUGGAGCCGCAACAAACAUAUCCUUAUUGAACUCGGUGCGGUUUCCCAACUCAUCGAACUCGAGAUAAGCUCAGCAGGCGAGAAGAGAGCCACGGAGCUUGUGUUGGGAGUCUUGUCUCGUCUAUGUUGUUGUACAAACGGUAGAGCCGAGAUUCUUGCUCAUGGAGGUGGACUCGCUAUAGUGACAAAACGGUUGUUGGGAGUUUCGAUUGCAGCUGACGAUAGAGCUCUCUCUAUCCUAAGCACGGUGUCUAAAUUCUCUCCGGAGAAGGCGGUGGUGGAAGAGAUGGUUUGCGUCGGGACGGUGGAGAAGCUUUGUACCGUUCUGAGAGUGGACUGUGGUUUGAGUUUGAAAGAGAAAGCGAAGGAGAUACUUAGUGAUCAUUUUGAUGAGUUGAAGAAGUUUCCAUGCAUUGACGUAAGAUUACUUACUAAGCUUUUAAGCUCUUCACAAGAAGAUCUACUCGCCGAGUUUUACUCAAAACUUAAUGUUUAGCUCUUUUUUUUUCCUUUGUGUACUCCUUAAGUAAUCAAUCUGCUGAACAAAUGAAAGUAUUGAUUCAAUGGCAACUUUUGCUAUCACCAAAAUGAUGAUGUAUAGUUGGGCAUGCGGGUUCAGUUAAUCUUAAUCUUGCCGAAUUAAUCCAAAAUAAAAGUUCAGUUCGCUAUUUUAUUAAUUCAGUUUUUGAAAUUUCUAGUAGACUUAACCGAAGGUUUUGAUUUCGUUACAAAUCGAGAUAAGUGCAGUUAAUUACUAUAGCUCAGUUGAAAAUUUAAUUAGUUUGAAUUAGAUUUUUGAUUAGAGUCGGUAUGGGUAGGUUACAAUUUUUUUUGAAAAAAUAGAAAACUGUAACCAAUUACUGAACUAAACCGAACCGAUAACCAUCCCAGCUGGAUGUGCUACAGUUUGAUUCAUCUCCGUCUUGAUCCAAUAAAGCAAAUGUAGUUUCUCAAGU